AUGCUACAGACAAUUAUCUGGAAAACUCAUAAUGAAGACUCUCAGCUUCAUUCAUUUACAGAAUUGAGCAUACUUUUCUUCCCUCACUCCUCUCUGCAGAUUAUUCCUUGGGAACAACUUCCUCAAGAGAACCAAACCACUAUUACUGAAUUCUUGUUGCUGGGUUUCUCUAAUCUCCAAGAAAAGCAGCUUGUGCUUUUCCCUAUCUUUCUUUGCCUCUACCUACUCAUCCUCAGUGGGAAUAUCACUAUUGUCACUGUUAUCUGCUUGGAACACAGUCUCCACAUCCCCAUGUACUUUUUCUUAGGGGUCCUCUCUAUUUCUGAAACCUGUUAUACAUUCGUUGUUCUGCCCAAGAUGCUUGUCAACUUGUUCUCUGUGCUCAGGACCAUCUCCUUCAUCAGCUGUGCUGUCCAGAUGUUCUUUUUUCUUGGCUUUGGUGUUUCCAACUGCUUGCUACUUGGUGUGAUGGGUUAUGAUCGCUAUGCUGCCAUAUGCCACCCAUUGCGCUACCCAAUCCUCAUGAACUGGAGGGUCUGCAGACUGUUAGCAGUCACUUGUGGACUAAGUGGCUUUUUAAUUUCCUUGGUAGGCACCACCUUGGUCUUCAUUCUUCCUUUCUGCAACUCCAACAAGGUUGAACACUACUUCUGUGAUAUUUCACCGGUUAUUCACCUUGCCUGUGGUGAUGCUUCUAUCAAUGAGUUUGUCAUAUUCAUCUGCGGUGUCCUGGUGCUUGUUUUCCCUUUGACCUUCAUCUGCAUUUCUUACGGUUUCAUUGUUAGUACCAUCUUAAAGAUUCCAUCUGCUGAGGGAAAACGGAAGGCCUUUUCUACCUGUGCCUCUCACCUCACUGUGGUUGUAGUUCACUAUGGUUGUGCAUCAUUUGUCUACCUCAGGCCCUCCAGGAUUUCAUCAAGUAAAGACCAACUGGUGACAGUGACUUAUACCAUUAUCACCCCCUUAUUGAAUCCUUUGAUUUAUAGUUUACGGAACAAGGAUGUCCAAAUAGCCAUCCGGAAAGUGAUCACUUGGGGAGGGUUUUCCCUAAAAACCAUAUAA